AUGGGUUACAACAUGUCCCUUAAAAUUCACUUUCUGGACCCACAUCUAGAUUCGUUCUCCGAAAAUUUAGAGGCCUUAGGUGACGACUAUGGGGAAAGUUUUCACCAAGACAUUUCUGCUAUGGAGAAACGGUACCAAGGCAAGUGGAGUGCCAGUUCCAUCGGCAGUAACAUUUUGAGGUCAAAAACAACAACACCAGAACAGUAUGAAAAAUUGGCUGAUAUAAUGGCAACCAAAAGAGAUGUUGCGCAGGGCUUCCAACAGCGACCGAAGGAAGAAGUGAAGGAGUUUUGGGAGGAGAUUGCAAAUGACCUAAAUGCACUUGGUCCACCUUCAAAAGACUCUAGUACAUGGAGAAAGGUGUGGAUUGACUGGAAGUGCUAUAUAAAACGCAAGCUGUCUGCAAAUAAAAAGGAAAUAAUGAGCACUGGUGGAGGUCAAUGUCGGUUGCAACCUAUAAGCCCACUUGAGGAGAAGGUUAUAGCUUUGACAGGGUUGGAAACUUGUACAAGUGGAAUAAGAGGUGCGCGGGCUUAUGGCGAUAGUGCGCAGGUACAAGACGUUGCCCAAACUUCCGAAAUGGACAUUUCCGCAUGUUCGGAGGAUCGAAAUGAAAUUCCUUCAUGCAGCAGAGUUAGCAGCCAGCGCAGAGAAAGAAGAACUGAUAAGGAGAGCGCUUCUUCCUUACUAAAAGAACAAAUAGCUCUCCAAAAAGAAUUCUACGAGGACACCAAAAACCAUAAUGAAGCUGCAGUUAAUAAAAUGGAAGAAGUGGUGACAUAUUUACGUCGCAUGAAUCGUUCUUUAGAAUGUAUGGCGGACACCGCAGUGAAGCAACUACAAGAACAGAAACGACACAAUAAAAUGAAGGAAGAAUUGCUAAGGGAAAAAGUGGAAAUAAAGUUCCGGAUGCUAAAGUUAGAUCCAAAUUAUAAAUCUGAUUCGGAGUAA